CACAAACUCUUGCAUCCGUCUCUCGCGCAGACCUGUCCCCUUGAUCGCCAACUCUCGCUCGUCUCUUGCAUUGACGUGCUCGCCCUCACUUUCACUCUCGCGCUCGCGCUCCCCCCAGCCUCCGCCUAAGCCCACCUCCCCCCCCCAGUCUGACCCUGGUACCGCACUCUCAGCCUUACGCGGUGCAUCCGACCCCAUCCUGACCACACUCCUCCCCUCUGCCCACCGCGACUGUGCCAUGUCCCGCGCUGUACGACCUGUGCCUGCGUAGAUGAGUUGCUAGCCCACGCGAGCGCAAUGCCUUUGAAGGGCCUCCGACCGAACCGCAGUGAACGAGAUCUCCAACGCCGCAGCACUCUAGAUCCCGCCGGCCUCUUCAGACGAAGCGACAAGAACAAGUCAUCCGACCUCCUCUCCGCUGUAGCGCCCGAACGUGUUGUUGUGUCUGAAGAUGGCGGUCGCCCAACCUCCAGCGACGUCGCGCCGCCCUCAUGGUCCGCUAGCUAUGAGAUCCCUCUCCCCUCCCCGCCCAUUCAAGAACACACCCCCAAUACGCGGCGGUUCAGUCUGAUGCGCUUUCGGCAUGCCUCAGAUUCGCAGCUGUCGACAAAGGCGAAGGAACAUGCUGCUGAAAAUGCUCCACCCGUUCCGGCUAUGCCUGCCGCCCCUGCCAUUAUCACCACCGCCCCGACCAUGGUAGAUCAGGAAGAACCGGUCAUUACGAAGAGACGUGGGAGACUGCAGCAGUUCUCCCUUCGACGACGGUCCUUCGACCCUGGAUCGACAGACCGGCCAAAUCUUCGGAAGUCGAUGGAUAAGAAAGUCAGCUCAGAGAUAAGGAGAGGCCCCUUUUCGUUCAUGAGAAGCCAGAAUAAUCUGGCCGAGGACCCAGGGAGAUUGUCAACAAGCCAGCGCCCGGACGCUCUUACUGAAUCGGCCCACGAGUCUGCCCAGGAAGGCACGUCCUCCCUGUCCCUUCCAGUCCAAAGAGUGUCCGACUCUUCUCGGUCCGACGGGAGCUCCGCAGGGCAUGUCUCCUUCGAGCAUACUUUGAAGCCUCAACCGACGCCGAAGACCGGCUCCGGACGAUUUGGCUUUGGGCGACGGAACAAACAGCGUGCUUCCCUAUUCCCGUUACCUAUGAAGAUUCCUCCCCCCGAGUUUCCUGAUACUGCGCCUGCGACUCCCCGGGCCUCGACGAGCGGCGUCAGCUCCGGUUCUCCCCAUCACUCCCCGAAUGGAGAAAGUCCUCCCUUGACUGCCAUACAUCACUCCCGGCUCCACCAUCUUGAAAAUGGAGCCAGGACCCCGCCAAUCCCCUCGCCAUCGCAGGUUGCCCUUGCAGCUGCAUCACUGAAUCUUACCUCACCGAACGCUGGUGGGCCUAGCCUGCUUCGGAACGAUUCUACGAAAUCAGUUCGUUCGUCACGCUCGUCACCCAAUGCCGGAGUUCCAAUGCGGCUUGGUCUCAGAGGUCGAUCGUCGACUAUGGGAUCACUUGGCGGGCGCUCUGACGAUGCUCCCCCGCCUACUCCCCCUUAUGCUACGAGCGGACGAAACUCGACGUCCACAGCGGGGAGGAGUAGCCUGAGCAAUUUAUUCGGGCUAAGCGCAAGAUUUCGUCAGAACUCUGAGCCGCAUUCUCCAAGGCAUGGUUCCCCUGCUCACGCUUUUAUAGGAACCCCAGGGAUCUCAUCCCACCAGAACUCUUUGAAUAUCAGCCGCGAAGCUCUGGUUAUGCCGGAACGGGAAGAGGGAGAAACACCUGGCCAUUAUUUGGAGCGGAUGGAAGAGAACAACAUCGAACGAAGCGUCAUGGCUAGUUACCUCACCAAGACCGACGACCCGUUCAUGCUUGCGGUGCUGCGCAGUUAUAUGCGCAAGUUUGCGUUCUUCGGAGACCCGAUCGACAUGGCCAUACGGAAGCUGCUUAUGCAAGUUGAACUACCAAAGGAAACACAGCAGAUCGAUCGUGUGCUACAGGGUUUCGCGGAUCGGUAUCAUGAAUGCAACCCUGGCAUUUACAUUAAUCCUGACAAGGCAUAUUUCAUUUCCUUUUCCAUUGUGAUCCUCCAUACGGAUUUCUUCAACAAAAACAACAAGCGCAAGAUGCAGAGAAACGAUUACAUCAAGAACUCUUCCUGUGAAGGCGUCUCUGACGAUGUUCUUGGAUGCAUCUACGAUAACAUUGUCUAUACACCUUUCAUCCACAUCGAGGAUGAGCUCGAUCUGAAAGGGGGAGUGUCGCGGAGAAGCAAGAAAACUGCUAUACUCAAGGCUCCAAUCAACGACCCUGCUAGGAAAGCCACACGUGAGCCCAUAGACCCAUACACUCUCAUAUUUGAAGGCAAAUUGGACGCUCUCCGACCGACAGUUAAAGACGUCAUGAACUUGGACGACCCCUAUAGCUACCUUGGCACAGCCCUAUCACUGGACGUACGGAACUCGUACAACUCGUUCUCGAAAUACGGCGUCAUUCAAAUUGUUUCUUCAAGAUCGAGGCCUGAGGCAUUCAUGUCGCAAGCUGCACAAGAAAACCCUCAAGAGACUUCGGUCGGCAUUGUUGAAAUGCCUGUGACUAAGGUGGGGAUAUUGUGGAGAAAGGACACAAAGCGAAAGAAAGCGCGAUCACCGUGGCAGGAAUGGGGCGCUGUCCUAACACGAUCAGGGCUUUCUCUAUUUAGGAAUUCUGGAUGGACCAAGAAUCUAAUGCAUCAACACGAACUGCACCAGAAGCAUGGAUACUCCGGCCCGGUUGUAUUCCAACCCCCACUCCCGGAGUUUAAACAGGAUCACAUUAUACCAAUGGACGGCUCGGUGGCUCUGGUUGACAAUACAUAUAGGAAACAUAAAAAUGCCUUCGUCAUGUUCUCAAAGGUUGGAGAGGAAACUUUUUUGGCCGACAGCGAGAAAGACUUGAAUGACUGGCUGGGCGUGUUGAAUUACUCUGCUGCUUUUGAGACGUUAGGCGUUCGUCCGCGGGGCCUUGUCGGAGGUUUAUAUGAAGGACAGAGGAAUCGAGGAAUCCGUCGACUCGAGUCCUCACAUUCGGGCAAGUCCAUCCCAACGGCGACUGGCGAGGUCACUAUCCAGAGUGGCAAGAUCGACAGUCAAUUUGCUCAGCAAAUGAUGAAUGCCCGUAAGGAGCUCAUGCAAAAGCGGAUCGCAGAGUCGGAGGAGAAGUUGACGCAAUCUAUCAAACAGCUGGAGAAUAGGUUGAGAGAUGCAAGACAUCUCCAAAUCUUGGCACCAGUCCAGCCAAAGACAAGAGACCUCGUCAUUCACGCUGCGGGCAGGUUGGCUGCAAAGCUGAAAUGGGCACGCAUUGAAAUAUGGCGUAUGAAGUGUCAUCGGGACAUUCUAGCCCAGGAACUGGAAGACGAGAAGAACGUUGCUAGCGAACGACAAGCUCGGAUUGAUCGAAUUGCUGGAACCUCCCAAUCAUCACAGCCACAGCCUUCGCCGCAACAGUCAAGCCGGACGUCUAAGAUCAGUGGACUGGCGCGUCUUAGCUCCAAGGCAAGCUCGCUCACUGCCGGCCAGAAACCCCCCCUAUCCCCGUCUGCAUCUGCCCGGCCGGGCACGAAGUCAUCUCGAGAAACAGACUUUGGUGAAGAUGUCUUCAAGACUCCACCGGAAACGUCUCGUCAAUCGAGUCCCAAUCACCCCCCAGCUCAACUAGGAUUCCCUCCUCUGUCAUUCAGCCCUCAGUCCUCAGAUCACCGAGCUUCGUUUGCUAGCUCCGCUGCUCAGUCACCCAGCCUUCAAGCCCGGGACCACCGACCAUCUGUAUCUACUGUUGGAGACCGCACUGUUAGCUCGGAUGUUGCUUCUGAUGAAGGGUCUCAAUACACCACCCCGCCUCCCAUUGAGAAAGAGAAAGCGGGCCCUAAGACGCCAGACAUCCCCUCUACUGACGGCUUGCGCUUAGAUCCCGAGUCCGAGUCCGAAGCCGACCAGCCACCUGCUGCUCUGACUGGCUCGCCCGAAUCACGUUCAAAAGUCAGAAGAAGCCUUCAUCGCACACUACGAGACUCUCAUGGAUCAUCACACCGCCGGGGCCACAAGGGAAGAGAUUCGGCAUCCACGAUAGUUAGCGAUGACAAGCCUGAGAGUGAAGGCCUUUCAAGAGCCAAAGGAAGCUUCACAGUCCAUGGCAAGAAGGCAUCUGUAAUCACAUUUGGUGCUGAAUGGCACAACAUGCCGGCAGAGGAGAGGUUAAAAGUAAGAAAGCAAGCCCAAGAAGCCGUGCACGAAGGCGGUUCUACCGAAGAAACGGAGGGGAGCACAGACGACCAAGCCCGCUCGGUCGUCAGUGAUAGUACUGCCACAGUUCUCAGUGCGCCGACGAAUGCAUCUGACGACACCACCCCUCGACACUCCACAAAUGAAUCUAGAAAGCAGCGCCAUGUAUCAUCGCAGACCAUCACUCCCGCUAAUUUCAACCGCUCCAUGAAUGGACAUGACUCAGGCUCCGAUGAUGAUUCGGAUAUGAGUGAGAUCGAGGAAGAAUCACCAACAAGGGAACGCAGCUCGAUGAGGCAUACCCAGAGUGACGCGGAAGACUCUGGCGCUGAGCGUGUAAAACUGGACUCACCCUGGCCACAGGUCGUGGAGGCCUAAUCUCAUACUUUUCUUUCAGAUGAAGC